AUGGGUUCUUUAAUCAUUUGCUUUAUCGUCCUUUUUCUUUUAUCAAAAAUUUUUGAAAAAGCACUUGUUCUGGAUAUAGACUUAAGAGAAAACAAAGACCAUGAAACUGGGAACGACAUUGAAGAAAUGUUAGAUACACUUAUCUUCUUUGUUCAAGAGAACAACAAAAUGUUAGAGUUGGUAGCACGCAACAUGGUAUAUGCCGAAACUGGAGAUGUGACUAACAUUGUUAAAGAGUUGGCUGACCUUAUAGAUGAGCAACAAGAUAAAAUCGCUAGAUAUCUACUUCACCAAAAACUCGAGAAAAACAAAGUAUUAACUGAAAAAUUUAUGACAAUGAAAGGAAAAUUUCCAAGCUCAAGAUCUAAAAACACGUUCAAAAUUUCUUUGACUGCAAUAGAAGUAUUGAUACAUUUGAUUUGGCUAGCUGGAUAA